AUGAGCACUAUAGCUGAGCAACUGAGGACUGAAACUGAUGAAAAAGUCAUAGAAAAAUACUACAAAUAUUGAAAAAAUGAAGGGAAAGCGCAUCUCUUCAUAGAUUUCAGCAUAGCCUAUGCAAAUUUGCCAGCCCUGAAAGUCGUUAUAGAAAUAGAGGGUAUCAAAAUCUUUACAAAUCCGUAUUCAAAGUAAUUUUUAUUUAGUUCCAAUUCCUCGCCAGUGCAAAUUGCAAAAUUGCUGAGAAAUUCAAACCCGAAGUUUGUAGCAGUGCACGAGUAUAUUUUGAAAGAAGUAAAAUCAAGCUUGCCUUGGGAAAGACGAAAGGGUUUCCUAUGGAUUGUUCGCUUGAAUAAAGGAAAAAAGGAAGGGAUUUUUAGAAUUCCUCCAAAUAUGCUGAGAUAUCUUGCUGAAAACUUUUUGUAA